AUGGCUCAACACGACGGCUACUACUCUGAUGGUUACCCAGAUGAUAGUGAACCGGGCCCGUCAAACCGCACACGACGAUUUAUCCCUGAGGAGUUUGCGGCCCAACCUGUGGCGCACUGGCAGAAUGGAGCCGGUCAGCCUCGUGCCCAAUCGAGACACCGUCCUGACCCACGUCAUCUACAACCUAGUCAAGGGACGGCCGCCGAGUCUUAUGAUGCCCCUUAUCCCCCGCAUCACAUCAACUACCCCCCUACCGACAUAAGGCAAGAGACUUUUCCACCACCCGGACUUCAACCUACCUAUCCGCACAACAUACCCCCUCAGCAGCAACAACAGAUGCCCCCCUUUUACGGGCAGCAGCCUAACCCUCCCUAUAUGCAUCCCCUGGGUCUGCCGCCCUUUCACCAUCCAGGUCCAUUUUAUCCCCCCGCUCCACAACCACAGCCACUACAACAGCCACUACAACAGCCAUCACCACCCCCUACAGAACCCUCUGAGGCCGAAUCCAGCAUACGCCAACUACGAGACCUAGUUUCUUUGUACAGAGCCAAAGACGAGAGACAAAGAAUAGAAAAGGAAGUUCGUGAAGAAUGUGAAGCCCAAAUCCGGCAACUGAAAGAACAGCUGGGAAAGGCCGAGCAGGACGUUUCCAGAGCACUGGCGCAAGGAAAGAAGGAAGGGGAAAUGGUUGCCUGGGAAAGGUUCAAGAGUGAACGCCUAGCCGAGCUUGAAGAGGGAAAACGGCAGAAAAAGCUGGAAGCUGAACGACCGGCCAGCACCACCAGACCAGAGGCUAGAGAAAGGCGCCGCCAACAGUCACAGAGGCAAGAGAUGGAUUUUCGACUGGAGAGGCUGGAAGAUUCUAUGAGAAUCUUACAAGAGAGGCUCCUUCGAGAUCCCCGGCCGAAGAAGAGAGCACCGGCUGCCACCGAGGACGCCAGGCAUGGCUUGGAGUCGGUAAUGGCCGAGCUGAGAGCUUUGAGGUCUGAUUUCAGACAAGUCAUUGUGAUGUCGGAUACGAGUCAACAGAACACCUCCGUUUCAUCAGGAGGACGAAAUUCGACGUUUAGCUCAGAUUCACAAUCGCGUCGCCGCCAAUGGAAGGGCGUAUCCGACUCCGAUACUUCUCCACCACGAUCACGAAGCCCGUUACCACGAGACGGUAACCAAGCCGGUUUGAGCGAACCCCCUCCUCCUGCACCUGAUGCGCCGAGGAGGACUUAUCGUCGCGACGAAGAUGAAGAGGAUAUGACAAACCGUCGCCGGUACCACGAUGGCGGUUGGUCGCAAACCGAGCAUGAUCACCGGUACUCAGGCCCAGAUAGGCCGCACGAUUCGAGCCAUAAAAGGGGAUCGUUCACCCCCGAUGCCCACCCUCAUUCAUCUUACGGCAGGGGUCGUUCAGGUGCUGCCCGAGGUGAACAAUAUGAGCAGAAAGACCAUCGCCACGGUCGACGGACCCGUCAUUCUUUCCAGGAAUCUGAACAUCCUAUUGAAGAAAGUAUGGGUAACUCCUCGCCCUCCUCCUAUAGGAACUCCCUUGGCUCAUACUCCUCACCCAAUACGGAGGACUCAUCUGCACUUGGCGGGGAUCAUGGGGACGUCAAACCAACUGCCUUUCCAUAG